AUGUACGAGAAUACCUCUGCUGUAGUAAUCACUCCAGAGGGUGAGACUGAUGCUUUCAACAUCGACACAGGCGUUCUUCAGGGUAACCCACUCGCUCGAUUUUUAUUUAUCAUCUGCCUGAAUUAUGCAUUGCGCACAUCGAUCACAGAAUCUGAUGGUCUUACACUGAAACAACGUCGCAGCCGGCGCCACCCUGCCGAUGUCUUAGCUGACCUCGACUAUGCUGAUGAUAUAGCACUUCUCGAAAAUUCAAUCGAAGCUGCACAAUAUCUUCUUAUCAGAGUUGAGAAGGCCUGCCAGGAUGUCGGCCUGUUUCUAAAUGCACCUAAGACAAAAUACAUGCACCUUAAUUCAUCUACAGAAGAUCGCCUGCACGUGUCAGAUGGAUCAGACAUCGAACUUGUGGGCGACUUCAAGUAUCUGGGUGGAAACACUGACUCUAGUAUGAGAAUAGCGCAGUCAUGGAGGGCACUCCACUCAUUGUAG